AUGCCGCAGACAAACCAACCCCACGCCUGGAAGUUCUUCUUUGUCUUCUUCGUCAUCUGGCUUGUUUUGCCCGAUAACGAGUACCAAAGCCAGUCGGUUGCUCUAUCCGACCUCAUUCUCUCGCGCCUUUCGGACUACGGUGUUGCCCUUGAUGUGCUAAACUCGACACGAUGGGGGGACUUUGCUCCCCUAGAGGCAAACCGUACGGAGAACAAGGACGCGAGCUCCCCCAAAUAUGUCAACUUGACGGGGUUUCGAGAAGAGGAUCACUUUUCGUGGCAACACUUGAACAAGUUCCGGGAAAGAGGCCUGAAACUCAGCCACCAUGCAGUCUCUGCAGUUGAUGGCAAUGAGCUGUGGGAUGUGGCAGAGGGCGAGCCGAUAUGGGCAAACGCUUCCGGUGUUCUUGGGGGCCAGUGGGUGCGUCGCCCAGAGCUGAGUCCAAGGAUCCCUGGCAGCUACAAUUUGAGCCAAAGUGUGCCAUCCAUGCACUGGUAUGCCGAUAAAUGGAACUGGGCUCGUAAUUUGACUGGUACAAGUGGGCGAAUCCAUCUGCGUCUGGAAGGGAACAAGACGGUUACUGGAUAUGAGCAGCUCUCGAAGACCGAUGCCCCCCUCGGCGGCGGCCUGAUACGCAAUAUGAAGGGGGUUUUGACGAUGGAAGAUGAGGGAUCAUCCUUUGAGACGCGUCUCUGGGGAGUACAUUGGCCACGGCAAGGAGUUAUCAUGAUGACGACUACGAGCGAGAAAUUCGACGGCAUCUUUGGGCUGCCGCAUCUUACACCUGGACCAGACUUUUUCCAAUCUAGCCAGGGGCUCCUCAACCAGUCUCUGGCGCACACUAUAGCCACAAAGAAGAAGAACAUCUAUACCGACCAAAAUAUACCGUGGAACGCAGACAUUGAGAACCCUCUCCACACUCCAAGUCCUGCUCCCAACUGCGAAUACGUCAUGUAUGCGCAGAUCCAUCCUCCAAGCAGACAGAGUCUUGGUCUCGGGGAUACUGUCCCCAAGGGCGAAAAUGUGGCAGACAUUAUACAAUCAAUCGAGUCAGAACUGGAAUAUCCGCUCGGUGUGCCCAUUCAACGCAUCCCAGAUCUACACAUGUCGUCGGUGAUAUACUCUCCAGACUGCUCAUUCAUGUUGGAAACGAAGGGCCCUCCAGAUUUCCCUCCCAGCGAGGCUGACCAUCUUGUCGGCGUCAAGUCUGAGGUUCAGGUCACCAGGAUCAAUAAAUGGCUCAUCACAUAUGCGGCAGUGAUAUUUAUCCAAGUAAUGUUGCUCAAAGACCAGAUGAGGGAGACGUACACACCGUCCACUCUCGGCAGGGUCAGCUUCUGGACAAUCAGUGUAAUGGGCAUCGUCGACUGCAUGACCUUUUGUGCGGCUGCGACGUGGGUUUCCGAGGCUCAGAGCACCUUUUUACCGACCUUGACGCUCAUGUUUACAUCACUCAUGUCUAUGAUGAUUGGAGGGAGUCUCCUUGCUAGGAUCCACGAGAUUCAAGCGCCACAGCCUCGUGCCCGCCGAGAAGGCACGGCUGGAUCAAAUAGCGGCCAAGCCAGCUCGACUGCUUCUGCACCUCUGACUCCCAAUGCAACGGGCACAGGACCUAUUCUUCCUGGGCCUGUGACAGCAGGACGUGGCCCCGAUCCCGCUGCUGCUGCUGCUGCUAAUGUCGCAGACGGCGCUGCGGCCGUACCUGGGGCUGCCACAGCUGCAAGGCCAUUGCCACCGCCCUCACCACCUCAGACGUUUCAGUCCAUCAUCGGCCGAUACUUACUUUUGGUCCUCUUCAUCUCUUUUGUUGGGAUCUCUUCUCUGACGUGGUAUGCGACUGCGCGCUCAUGGUUCAUCAACAUAUGUGUGUUUAUAUAUCUAUCCAUGUGGGUUCCCCAGAUAUACCGAAAUGUCAUCCGCAACUGCCGCCGCGCCCUCAAAUGGAAGUUUGUCGUCGGCCAAUCCAUCCUUCGUCUGGCCCCGAUGGCGUACUUUUGGCUCGAUGCGGAUAAUUUCCUCUUUGCUCGGACUGAGCCGCACUCCUUUCUGGUGCUAUGCCUCUGGGUCUGGCUGCAAAUCUUCGUGCUGGCCACGCAAGAUAUCGUCGGCCCGAGAUUCUGCGUUCCCAUGGACUGGACGCCGGAUGCAUGGGACUAUCACCCAGUGCUGCGGGAAGACAACGUCGAGGCUGGAGCCUUGCCCAUCGGGCUGAAUCCUGAAGACAGCCCGGGUUAUGACCCUAGGCACAGCAGCGAGGAGAGGGAUAAGCUUCGCCCGGGUGGCGGUGUUACGCGGACCAUUGAUUGUGCAAUCUGCAGAGAGCUGCUCGAGGUACCCAUUGUCAAGGCUGGGGAAGAAGACACGAGCGUGACGGGGGUGUUUGCCAGGAGGAUGUACAUGGUGACUCCGUGCCGGCACAUUUUCCAUACUGAUUGCUUGGAGAACUGGAUGAAGUUUCGAUUGCAGUGUCCGAUUUGUAGAGAAGACUUGCCUCCUCUUUGA